AUGCAUGAGGCUUUGAACGGAAACCCCUUCCUGAACGAUGUCCGGAACGUGGCGCUACAGAUAGCAUUGAUGCGCGACAUCCACGAGGAAGAUGAAGGCGUCGUUACGAACAUAGUCCAGACUCUAUGCGCAACGAUAGAAACCAGCGCAGAUUCCCGGUCCCGCUGGAGAAACGAAUUCAACCGCCCACAGAAGUGGGAUUCUCCCGGAUUCGAGAAACAGCUCUUUGGUGCGGCGCUUUGCACCAAUAGCCUUUCGUACAUUCGGCGGUCUGCGGCGCUACGGGAUGCCAUGUUGUCAAAAAUUACAUGCCCUGAAAACAGCUGCGUAUUUGGAACGUUCUUUGAGCUGACAGGAAAGCUCGGCAACAAGGAACUUCUUGACUACCUCAUGACAAACGCACCAUCUGAGUCCGGCCCAGAGGUUAGGUUCGAGCUUUUCAAACAUGCAGCACAAGCUGGCAGGAUAGACAUCGCUCGGUUCCUCCAUGGGUAUCGUAGCGAAGAGUGGCAAUGGAAUUUUGAAUCCGAUAUCAAGGGGAACAAAAGGCUGCUGAACUUCACUCUCGACGGCGGUCAUAAUCCUGAGGUUUAUGACCUUAUCCAGACUAUGCGCACGGCUCAAGGCUUGCGACGGACGCCAAGUGAUACUAUGGACAUUAAAUUCUACGGCAGCGCAAAAGUUGGGUAUAUAGACAUGGUGUCGCAUCUCCUACGAAUCGGCGAGUAUGCCAAUGGAGAUCGAACUGGCAUCCUCCAUAUAGCUGUCAAGUACGCUAGCGAACGCGGCCACGUAGCCAUUGUCCAGCUUCUGUUAGAUCAUGGUGCGAAUCCAAACAUCACUCUCGAAGGUGCGGCGCGCCGCGGUCACGGGAAGCUCGUGCAAAUGCUGCUGGAUCGCGGAGUCAUGCCGAGUGAGGCACUUAUCGAUGCAGGAAGAUACUAUACAGCACAUGCUAAGCUUCUUGCGAAUAUCGAAAGAGGACCUUAUCUGGACGUAGUGCGGCUCCUUCUUGAUGCCGGUGUAGACGUCAACGAAAGCAUUGGCAAGGACAGCUCUCUCGUCGGAGCAAUCGCCGCAGAACAUACAGCACUGUUUGAGUUCCUUCUCGAACGAGGAGCGGAUCUGCAUUCCCCUGGGACAGCAGAGGAGUGCGUACGAAGAGCGAAAAAGGAUGGACUGGAGUCUAUGCUACUGCUGCUCGAAAAUCAUGGGGUUGAUGUCAAUGUUGAGUUGGGAGAAGGGGCAUGA